UGUUAGAUCUUCCAGUGGAAGUUUUUCAGGAGAUUUUGCUUCCAGUGGAAGUUUUCUCAGGAGAUUUUGAGACUCCUGUUACUUGAUGGGGGUGGGGGAAGAUGAAAAGGGAGGCACAGUUACUGGCAAAUGCUCGGCGGCCCCAACGAGCGUGCUACGGGCCUCUGGGGGGGCGUUGGGGGGGGUUCAAGGGCAUGGGGUGUUGGGACAGAAAUACUUCGGAAAGGGACCAGGCGGGGGAGGAGGAGUACGACGACAACGAGGACGAGAGGAGGGCGGCCGAGGGGGGAGGUGAUAAUGGUGACAGCGAUACACAGGACAUGGAGGUGCGGCGAGAGGUGGAGCGCGCCAGGGGUAAGAUGAGGGGGGACAAGGCCGUUGACGAGGACACUACCCCGGACGAGGACGAGGACGACGACGACGACGAUGACGACGAGGAUCAGAGCGCAGACAUUGGGGCCUCUCUUGAUGGGGGGCUGAUGGCCGCUGGCCGUCGAGGCCAAGAGGGGGCUGCCAAAACGAUGAAGGAGGCCACGAAAUCGAAGAAGAGAAAGAGGAAGGCAAAGAAGACCGUCACAGAGGCGACACCAGUACCUCCUCUGCCGAAGAAGGGCAGAUGGUGGUACGUGAGCGGCAUUCGAUUUGAGGCGGCGAGGAGGCCGGAGCACCAGCGAGUGAGGAGGCGGUCGCUCAAGUGUCCGCCGUACACACAUCCUGUGUUGCCCACACACAGUGUGAUUUCCGGCGACGGCAUCCCAGAGCAGCAGCGAGUUGUGGCGGAGAUGGUGGUGGCCAUCCGCAAGGACAUUGCGGCGACGGGAGCGACCAUCCUCACGGAUGGUCGCAAGUCCAUCACAAGCGACCAGAUAGUCAACUUCCUUGCCGCAGGACUCACGGGAGCCUACCUUUUCAGGACUGUACAGCGCGACGGUGCUGUUCAGGAAACAGCCGAGGCCGUGGUGAAGCGAUGGAAGUUCGGUGUCGAAAACGUCAACGCCAUCUGCACUGAUUCCGCGUCCGCGUAUGUGGCUGCAUCCAAGCUCCUCGUGAAGGAGGAAGUCAAGUACAGUCGCAUUACUUGGCUUCCAUGUGCGGUCCAUGUCUGCAACUUGCUGUUGUCAGACAUCGCGAAGGACGGCACCAACGGGAAGCUUGGGAAGAGGGAGGACACCAUCAUUAGGGCUCAAGCUGUCGUGUGUUUCAUCAGAGAGCACGGGGCGGCUCUCAGCCUUUAACGACGGUUCUCUGCUGCCCACCCCUCUUCCGCCUUCGCAGUUGCGGCCAGUUCCAGCGCU